AUGUCAAAUAUUCAGGUCGUUGUACGAUGUCGAGGGAGAAACACUCAAGAAAUAGAAGCCAAAUCCCCGAUUGUGGUAGAGAUGGCUGAUGACAAUUUUUCCUCAGCCGAACCUUUUGUUACAAUAAACAAUUUAUCUACAUCAACCUCAAACACAAACAUUAGAAGAAGUUCUAGCUCUUUCAACAAAUCAAUAAAUAACCAAUUAGAUGUCACACAUCCAUCUGUAAAUUCAGCUAAUAAAAAAACAUUCAAAUUUGAUGAAAUUUAUGGAUCUCAGGCAGAUCAAAUAUUAUUAUACUCAAAUGUUGCUUUACCUUUAUUAAGAGAUUUCAUUGAUGGAAUAAAUGUUACAAUACUAGCUUAUGGCCAAACUGGAACAGGGAAAACUUACACUAUGUGCGGAUUAAAUGAUACAAACAUUGAUUUAACACCAGUCCCAGAAAUAGCAGGAAUUAUACCACGACUAUUAUCUCAAUUAUUUCAAAUACUAAAUAAUGAAGCAUUAGAUAGCGAUUACAUUGUUAAAAUGUCAUUCUUAGAAAUAUACAACGAAGAACUAGUUGAUUUACUACUGCAUCAAAAUAAAAAACUUAGAAUUCAUGAACAAGUUAAUCCAACAACCAAAUCAAGCCCAAAUGCAAAUAAUAUUACCUCAAAAUCAAUUUCAAUUCAAAACUUAUCGGAAUUCACCGUUAGUAGUUACGAGGAAAGUAUAAAAUUACUACGACUUGGAUUAGAUAAAAAGAAAAUGGCUUCUACAAAUUUAAACGAACAUUCAUCUAGAUCCCAUACAAUAUUCGGAAUUCAAUUAUUCAAAAAACAUCCAAAAAAUGACUCAGUAUAUCUUUGUUCCAAAAUGAACUUAGUGGAUUUGGCGGGAUCAGAAAACAUUGGUCGAUCGGGAUCAGUUGUCAAAGAAGCUGGUGGUAUAAAUCAAUCAUUAUUAACAUUGGGGAGAGUAAUAAAUUCAUUAAAUGAUAAGAAAAAAUCUCAACAUAUCCCAUAUAGAGAAUCCAAAUUAACUCACAUUCUCCAAGAUUCGCUUGGGGGAAAUACAAAAACGGUUUUAAUUGCAACAAUUUCACCAGCUCAAAUAAAUGCAUCGGAAACAACUUCAACUUUAGAUUAUGCUGCUAAAGCUAAAAAUAUUAAAAAUUUACCUCAAAAUGGGAACGACUCAGAAGUGUUACUUAAAAAAACUUUGGUGAAACAAUUAUCAAAAGAAAUUGGUCAAUUACAUAUGGAUCUAAUCGCAACAAGAAAUAAAAAUGGUGUUUAUUUGAAUCCGGAUAAUUAUGAUCGUUUAAUAAAAGAGAAUGAAUCUUCAAAAACAGAAUUGAAGGAGAAUCUGUUGAAACUUGAACUGUUAACCAAAAAAUUUGAGAGUACAAAAUCUAAUUUAGAAUUGAGUAAGAUAGAGAAUUCGAACCUACAAGAUGAAAAUGUUAAACUAAAACAGAAACUUGAGGAACUUGAGGCUGAACACCAGCAAGAUCUUCAGUCUAAUACUAGAAAAGACAUGAUGAUUGACUCAUUGAACGGAAAGUUGAACCAAAUAUCACAAAAAUCAUCAAAUUCAGCAGUAUUAUUGAUGAACUUGUUUUCCAACCAUUUAAGCUCUUCAAUCGAUUUGAUAAAUGAUUCAUUAAACAUACAAUCUACAUCAGCAGUUUCCAAAAGAUUGGAUGAUCUCCAAAAUGAGCUUCAAUUGGAUGUACAAACUUAUACCAACAAUUUAAAAUUAAAAUUACAAUCUCAUCAAAAUGAUUUUAAAAAUAAUGCCGUGGAGGAUUUGGGUCAGAUGAUCAGUUCUGUCGAGGAUAUGUUGAAUGACUUAACUAAAUUACAAAAAACAAUGCAGAUUAAUAUGAAUGAAGCGUUCACAGACUUAAGAAUUGCUAAUGAGAAACUUUCUGGAUUUUUAAAGGAUGAUAAUUUGACGACAGUCCGUGAUAAAAUUACAGAAAAGCAAAAUGAAAUGCUUAAAGUCAAUUUAAAAAUGUUAUAUGGUAACAUUAAAGUUAAUGUAAACAACGAAAUAGAGAAAUGUUUGAAAAAUGCCUCAUUAAAUAGUAUGAACAUUAUUCAGGAUAUAGUUCAUAAAGAGAGAGCUAACGUAAUGUCAUACGAAGAAAACUGGAAGAAUCAAGUUGAAAAAAUUUUACCAUCAAUAGAGAAAGAAUUCAACGACUACCAUCAAAUCAGCAAAUCAAACUUUGACCAAGUGAAACAAAUCAACGAAAUAGGCUCUAGCAAAUUGGAAACUAUGAAACAUGCAGAAUUAGAUAUAGGCUCAGAUGAACUUCCAGAUGUUUCGAAAAUAUCACAAAUUUCAAAAAAUUUAAUACUAGAUCAACACCUAAUUACCAAUAAUUUGAAAGAAGUCAAUGACAAUUUAACAAAAAUUCAAGAAUUUGACGCUAAAAAGGAAUUCAGUGUAUCUCCCACUCGAUCAAUGGUUUCUAACCUUAACCAAAAUAUGCAAACUAAUAAUGAAAUUCUUAUACGGUCGAAAAGAUCACUAUCAUUAUCACCACAAAAAUCUCAGAACUCCACAUUAAUAGCUCCAUUAGAUACCAUCACUAGUAACAAUCUAAGGAUGAAAUCUCCGUCAAAGAUUCCAAAAUUUAAAAGACUGGAAACUAAUAUUACCAAUUAUCAACAAAACAAAAAGCGUAAAGUUUUCCACCCUCUUGAAAAUAAUUCAUUGUAA